AAAUCCCCGUCCUCCGCAGCGCUCAACCACCAUGACGGCUAUGAAGUUGGCUGUUAUGGGCGCUGGACCCUCUGGUUUCUAUGCAGUGUCCAGGAUAUUGGCCUCACUUCCUCUCAUGUCGUAUCCAGACUUGCAGGUACACAUGUAUGACCGUGUCCCGGCGCCUCACGGUCUGGUGCGCUAUGGCGUUGCUCCAGAUCACCCUGAAGUAAAGAACUGUGUCGGCAAAUUCGAUCAUGCUGCACAAGACCCGCGGUUCCGCUUCUUUGGCAAUGUGCUGGUCGAUCCUACAUGCACGUCGUCUUAUCAAUAUCCCAAAGCCGUCCCACUUCCCUUGGGCUUGAUGUUUCCAUAUUACACGCAUUUUCUUUUCGCCCAGGGUGCUUCACAACCGUUGACGCUAUCUACACUCCCCGAAGCUACGCCGGGCCUUGCUCUCGUGCACUGGUAUACAGGGCACCCUGCCGCACCUCCCACUCCGCCAAUACCAAUCGAUGCAAUAAACCAUCUCAGCAUCAUUGGGCACGGCAACGUGUCCCUUGAUAUUGCUCGACUUCUUCUCCGUGACCCCGCUUCUCUUGAAGUAUUCGAAGAUUUGCCGCGGCACGUGUUGCAACAGCUAGAGAAGUCAACUGUGAAGCAUGUCACCAUUGUCGGGCGACGAGGCCCAGCACAAGUCAGCUUCACUGCCAAAGAAUUGCGGGAGCUUAUGGGUCAGCCGGAUGUUUCUUUCGAACACGUUGACCGCCCACUACUGAACAGCGCCAGAACUGAUAACGAAUUGGAUCGACCAAUGAAGCGAAUACUCGACAUCAUUUCGAAGGGCUCUAAGGUAGCGUGGGGCACCAGUGAGAAGUCUUGGUCACUACGUUUCCUUCGAUCUCCCCUUGGCUGCAAUCCAUCGAAGAAAGAAUUACGACUUGGGUGCAACACUCUGACACCGCAUGGGCAGGCUGAGGCGAGUGGAAAAGAGGAAGUCGUGAACACGGACGCGGUGGUUUCGAGCGUGGGAUAUCGCUCCGAGGUCUCAUCAGGAUUGCAGCCCUGGUUUGAUGAUGCUACAGGACGGAUUCGCAACUCGAACGGAAGAGUCACAGAUUCACUUGGACACAUUGUGAGAAACUUAUACGCAACAGGGUGGGCAGCAACAGGAGCACGCGGUGUCAUUGCUGCGGCAAUGCAGUCGGGAUAUAUGGCUGCCGACAAUGUUUUGGCUGAUCUGCAAGGACAUGUGGGGGACAGUGUACCGUCGCCGUUGCCGUCUGAACCUCUGGAUGGCCUGCCAGUUCCAGUCGACGCCGCUGAAGAUCGAAUUACGGAUUACAAUAACUGGCGGACUAAGAUCAUGUAG